CAGGUUAUCGCGAAAGUUACAUUUUUUAAUACAAGUUUUAAAGUUUAAUAUAAAUAUUUCGUAAAUGAUAAAACAUGUAAUAAUGACUUCAAUCCGUUUUAGAAGAUAGUGUGCUGUGAUUUAACUGUGUUUGAAUGUGAUGUGGCCAAGUUCGUGUGAGUAACGGUAUUGUGUCUUGUGAAGUUCAUCGGUUCGUCUGAUUUUGAGACUGCCUGCUUCGGAGCCUGUUUUCCGUACCUACAAAAGAUUCAGGAUGCUACGUCACGUGUGAUUUUUGAUUCACAAAAACGAUAAGAACGAUGGAUCUCCGGUGGUGCGUCUGUUUGUGGUCAGCAUUUUGCUUUUCACCAGGGUUAUCUAAUAUGCUGCCCGUGUUCACCCAAGACAUGAACAACUUGGCACUUUCCGAGAGCACCCCGGUGGGAGACAAUGUAUACACCCUACAAGGGUUAGAUCCAGAAGGCCUGCCAAUAAAAUACGACUUAGUUGGCACAGACAAGUUCAAAGUGGACCCUGUAACUGGAAUUGUGACAUUAACCCGGCCACUUGAUAGAGAAUCUGAAGAUACGCUGAAGUUCCUCGUGUCGAUAGAAGAACAAAAUCCUGACCCCAAGCAGAAUUUAGUCCAGCUCCAACCGGUCACCGUCAUUGUGCUAGAUGAGAAUGACAACCCGCCUAUUUUUAAAAACAGCCCAUACGAAGCAGAUGUCCCUGAAGAUGAAGAAAUAGGAAAGACUAUACUAACAAACAUAUUAGUUGAAGACAGGGACUCAGUCGGGGACAACCUUGAAGUCGGGUGCUUAGCUGACCAGUGGCCCGAAGCUUGCGACGCGUUUGAAGUGGUAUCCCUUAACUCCACUGCUAACCACUACACCGGUGCGUUGGUUCUCAAGCAACAUCUCAACUAUAAUGACAAACAGUUUUAUCAGUUUCAAUUGUAUGCUACGGACGGCACUCUCAACUCGACAGCUCAUGUAGAAGUGAAAGUGGUUGAUGUACAGAAUUCUCCACCAGUGUUCAGUGGAUCCCUCACUGGAGCCUUAGCUGAAGACGCUCCAGUUGGCACCUUGGUUCUCACGGUGAAGGCAAGAGACGCAGAUAGAGCACAACCAAGAGAUGUCAAACUUGAACUAGUCACAAAUCCUUUAGAUUUCUUCCUGCUAGAUAGUAAAACAGGGGAACUAAGAACAGCGAAACCACUUGACAGGGAGGCGUUAGCUGAUCCAUCAUCACCACUAAAUCUUACUGUUCGAGCUACAGAAAUAGUGAACGGUUCACCUCUCAUCUCGGAUUUAACAAGUACAUUAGCUACUAUAACCAUAACAAUUAAAGAUGUGAAUGAUGAACCUCCAAGGUUCAAUAGAAGGGAAUAUUUUCUAGAAAUACCUGAAAGUCUACCUGUCGGCACGCCUUUGCCUAAUCUGGAUAUGGUCAUCACUGAUACUGAUGUGGGCCAAAACUCAGUGUUCACAAUCCGCCUGUCAGACGAACUGGGUGCGUUCAUUGUGGAACCGGCCACGGCUACUGGAAGUGCAUCUGUCACACUCAGACUCAAUUCCAGUUUGGACUACGAGGAUCCCAACCAGAGGAAGUUUAUUUUGGAGGUCAUAGCUGAAGAACUACAUACUUCCCCUCGUCUAUCUUCGAAAGCCAGCGUAACGAUAUCUCUAACUGAUGUCAACGAUAAUGCUCCAAUUUUUUCUGAUGAUCCAUAUUCAGCUGCUGUGGCUGAAGGAGCCCCGGCUGGUACUAGAGUCACGGUUGUUGAAGCUACAGAUAGAGAUACUGGCAGAUUCGGCACAGAAGGAAUAGUGUACCAACUUUCUGGCAAUGGAGCUGAACUCUUUAGAGUGGACAAUAGGAGUGGAGUCAUCACAGUAGCACCAUGUCCCAAUCCUGGGCUUCCACCGUGUCUAGAUUUUGAGACUAGAAAGGACUACUUUCUCCAAGUCAAGGCUACAGACGACGAUGGCUCCGGCCAAAUGACAGUAGUUUCUCUACAAAUAUCUCUGACAGAUUCCAAUGAUAACCCACCUGUCUUCAACACUCCAGUAUACAAGGCUUCCAUUGACGAAGACGCUGUCAAAUUUGAACCGGAAUUGCAGGUACAAGCGCGUGAUGUAGACGCUAGUUCAGAGCUACGUUACUCGAUCAUCGAACCCGCGACCCACCCGUUCUGGAUCGACCCGCUGACCGGCAGGAUCUUGGUGAAAUCUGAAUCCGGAGUCACGGCACCUUCCGGGGAUGACAACAGAAUUGUUCUUACUAUCUUGGCUACGGAUGGAGUUCACAACGCAACAUGUGACGUCGAGAUCAGCGUUCGCGAUGUGAACAAUCACGCACCGGUGUUUGAUAUUGAAAAAUACGAUGCCGAUGUGCCGGAAGACGCACCGAUAGGCACAGAAGUGGCAGCCGUCAGAGCCACAGAUAUGGACAGCGGUAUCAACUCUCAAAUCAAAUAUAGCAUUCAAAAAGGCGCUUUGGAUUCGUUCGUUAUCAAUAACGUUACUGGCGUGGUCUCUGUGUCUUCUAAACUGGAUUACGAUAAGAGAAAUACGUACAGGAUACAAGUUAUUGCUGGUGAUUUCGGCAUUCCAAGUUUAACAGGCACAGCGGAACUAACGGUUCACGUUAUAAACGUAAACGAUAAGAAACCAUACUUCACACCUACAGUACAAAGAGCUGAAAUAUCAGCUGAUGCUGAAUUGGGCACAGUGUUACAUCAUCUAGUGGCAAUAGACCCUGAUAUAACUGAUGACGGCCAGCUGGUGUAUGAACUCGCGACUGAUAGAGUUGUUAAAGCUGUUGACAAUAAUGGGAAAGAGGUUUCCAGUGAAGGUAUCUUCGGAUCCUGGUUCUCGGUCCAGCCGAACGGCACUGUGGUGGUGAAUCAGAGACUUGACAGGAGCAGAGCUGCCGUCCUCACAUUGCCGGUGAGGGUCACUGACGCUUCAGCGGCCAUUUUACAGCAGAGCGAUGGCGAAUUAAUCAUAACAAUAGUUGACGUGAACCGUCAUUCACCAGCGUUCACCCAGCCAGCUUACACUGAAAGACUGAGAGAGGAACAGCCUAUAGGUACCGUCCUCAACACAUAUACUGCUACGGACAAAGAGACGCCGAUUUCAUCGAUAAUUAUACAACCACCCAGUCCCUAUUUCCAGAUUGAUAAUGUUACGGGAGUCGUAAAGUCCACACAACGGAUAGACUACGAGAAAAUCCAUAGCAUUAACUUCACCCUCGUCGCGUUUGACUCUGGAGUACCACAACUAUCUACUUCGGCUGCUGUCACAGUGGAAAUUAUAAAUGAUAACGAUGAAGAACCAGAAUUCGCUGCUACAGCGUAUGACGCAACUGUGGUUGAACAUAGCGCUGGUGGCACCAAAGUGGUGACGGUUACAGCUGUUGAUAAAGAUGAAGGUGAAUUUGGAGAAGUCACAUACAGCCUCACUGGAGCCCUAUCACCUCUUUUCACAAUCCAUCCUAAUACCGGAGUAAUUACUGUAGCUGAAGGCGCUGAUAUUGAUCGUGAGAAUAUAACUGAUAUCUGGCUUAGAGCGGUUGCAAGUGAUAACGCUCCGAUAUCAGUGAGAAGGUCAAAUAGUGUACCUGUCCACAUCAAAGUCUUAGAUAUAAACGACAAUACACCCGUGUUCUCCCAGAAAGUUUACAAGAGCACCAUAGCUGAGAACUUGAGACUGGACCCGCCCGCGGCCAUCGUUCAGAUCAUGGCCGACGACAAAGAUGACGGUAUCAAUGGCAGAAUUGAGUACAGGAUUGUGGAACAGAGUGGGGAUGGAAUAUUCACUGUGGACUCCACAAACGGCAUCAUCUACCCGGCCAAGCCGGUAGUUGGCAACACCACGUACCAUUUGACAGUGACAGCUACGGACGAAGCGGGCAAUGGCGUACAUUUUGAUACAGCCAAAGUUGAUAUAACUGUUCUGAGCGUGAACAAACACAGUCCAGUGUUUGUUGAGCCGCCGCCCGAGCAGAGGCAGUUGGAAAUACCAGAGAACGCAGCUCAAGCAGACUUCCUUAUCGCUACAAUAAAAGCAACGGACGAAGACGCCGGUGAAAAUGGAAGGGUCUCUUAUUACCUCAAAGUGGAUAAUCAGAACGUUGGGGAGACGGCUGAAUUCAGUCUGGACAGAGAUUCGGGAGAACUCAGGACAAAGACAUUCUUAGAUAGAGAACACAAGGCUGAAUAUCAGUUGGUGAUAGCGGCAGUGGACAAUGGUACUCCAGCAAAGUUCGAAAGCCUCAGACUGCUGACGGUAGUGCUAUCUGAUGAUGACGACAACACCCCGAAGUUCCAGCAGUUGCAGCAUCAGUUCAGUGUUAUGGAGAACCUUCCGCCUGGCAUUAUCAUUGGAACGGUAAAAGCGACUGACAAGGAUUCAGGUGAACACGCCAAAGUGUACUACCACGUACUUGAAGGCAACCAAGAUGGCGCCUUCACGGUUGACAGGACACAAGGCGUUAUUAGAGCCAACAUUAGUUUUGAUCGGGAAAAGAAGUCUGAAUACACGUUAACAAUAUACGCAAGCAACAGCCCCCUUUUGGAAGACGGAGUGACUAUACUCCGUUCCUUGGACAAUAAUAAUACGGAAAGUCUGGACCCGAGUGCUGUUAUCGUCAAGAUAUAUAUUUUGGACGAAAACGACAACCAACCCAAGUUUCAGCAUAAAGUUUAUUACGCGGGUAUAAAACACACUGCCCGUAUCAACGAACCGAUCCUCUCAGUAAUAGCCGAAGACCCAGAUUUAGAGGAAAAUGGCACACUCGUGUAUAUGGUGGCCGCCUCCAAUUUGUACAAAUUCGGAGCUUCCAAGUCCAGUGGGAGCGUUGUGCCGUCUCCAUUCAAUAUCAGUCAAGAUGGUAUACUCCUAACUGCCCACUACAUGUCGGAAUACAACCAAGAUCGCUUCGUCCUCGACAUUAUCGCUCAAGAGUUAGCUCCACCACACCGACAGGCGAAGACUCAAGUGUUUAUAUGGAUCAUCGACCGCUCUUCUCUUAUCCGUAUGGUUGUGUCUCGGAGUUGCUCAGACUCAGUAGACGGUGUCCAACGAAGGUUAGCUGAAGCCAGCAGAUCCCUGCUAGUCAUGGGCAGAAGGCUGCCCCUCGUGCAAGCUGACAGGCGAUAUGACCAUUGGUGUGAAGUACAUUUACACGCGGUAGACCCUACCACGUACCAGGUAUUACCUGUGGAGAAAGUUCUAGAGACAGUGGACUCAAAGUACGAUGAACUGAAGGACGUUUACCAAGAGUUCGGCGUGGAAACUCUGAUAGCUGCCAGCGCUUCGUCCAAAGCUCCCGAUAGCUUCGACCCAGCGUUGGCAGCUUUGAUAGCACUGCUAAUAGUGUUAUUUACUGGGAUCGUCACAUUUGUAGUCGUCUGCGCAUGUCUCAAGCAUUGGGUGGCACCGCCGCCUUCAAUGCAGUCGAGUAAAGGAGACAGUCUCGCCAGGAGAAGAAUAUUAGAAGAAUUGAGCACGACAGAGAAUCCCCUAUGGUUGGAGACGAAGCUGAGACCGUACGAGGAGCAGGAGCUUACCAUGAACGUUUUUGGUGAUCAAAAUGAACAAAACGUUGAACACGCUCAGACCGACAACACAUACGCGACAAUACAAGGCAGCAGAAAUACAGAAAGAUUCGGUGAUUACGCCACGCUCGGCGGUGAAUCACCUACACCUUUAGAGGCAGCUCUUGGGUUUCAGGGCAGCACAUUCAAGCCGCCAUCCCCCAGUACCCCGGAGCCGCCUCCCCGACCUUCAGGAAUGGGCGCGCUAUGACAACGUUAUUUUUAGUUAGUUAGUUAGUUUUAGUUAGUCUAUCAUUAAGCCAAAUAGCUGAACGUGGCCAUUCAGUCUUUUCAAGACUGUUGGCUCUGUCUACCCCGCAAGGGAUAUAGACGUGACCAUGUGUAGUUAGUUUUGCUAUAUAUAUUGUCACGUCUGUAACUCUAAUAUGGGCUAGACACAACCUCAGUUUUAUCACAAAAUCGAUAUUUUAUUAAAAAAUACACCAUCGCAGGCACUUUUUAGUGUCAUUUUACGUUUCAAUAUAUUAAAAUUAAUUUAUAUCUAAUAUUUUAAUAUUUUUCAAAAUGGUACAAAUAUUAAGAUCUGUGUUUGUUGUGUUGUUUUCAAAGAAACUUAAAAAAAACGCACUUUUGACCCAUGAAUAAUGUAAAUUAUGAUGAGUAUGAUGACUUAGUUACAAGUCAUUACAAAAAACUUUGUAUAAACUUAUACCUAGCAAUAAGACUAACUCUUAUUAUUCACUAUUUCAUUUAAUAUAUUCUAGAUGUGUCUGUCUGUAAGUAUUUUACGAAUUAAUAAAACAUUAUUGUUUAUAAGCAUGAUUUUAAAUUGACUGUUUGAAAAUUAAUGACUGCCAUUAAAUUUGACAAAUUAGUUUUAUAAAGAAAAAAUAUACAAAUAUAUUUUGUAAAUAUUUAUUGUAACUAUUAAAUUUAAGUAAAAAAUGCAUGUUGAUGAAGUACCAUAUCUUAUUUCGGUAUAUAGCCAGGAAAACUGUUAAAUUCUAUAAUUUUGUUACCAGUAUUGUUGUACAUCUGUAUGUUCUAUGGUACAUCAACAACGUUCAUUAGUUAUAGAAUGUACCUAUAUUUUGUCCAAAUACAUAUAUAUAUACCUAUUUAACAAAUACUUUAUAAAGUCUGAAAUUUUCAUAUUUCGUUGUAUCUCGUUUUUACCUUAGACUUAGGAUUUCUAUAGUAUAAUUUAUUUUUCCUACAAGUAAUGUCUAAAUAUGUGUAAAUUUUCUUUAAUGUAACGUAUUAAUUCAUCAUAAUUUUGGGAAAUGUUUCCGACAAUAGACGCAUAUAAAGAAUAGUAUAUACUUUUUUAACAAAAAUUUGAAAGUAACUUUCGUUAUUAAAGUCAACUUAAACUUAAAUUUAAAGUAUCUCGUUUAGGAAUCUCAUCAAGUUAUUAUUUUUAAGAGAAGAUUAUUCCAUUUGUACAAAUUAUUAAAUGGAAUUGAUUUAUAUAGUUUU